UGGAGCUCUGUUGGGCCCGCAGUUCAGUUGCAAACUUAGCCAACGCAACCGUAAUAUUUUCGCGCGCGGCCCCGUCAGGUAGAAUAGCCUGUCGUCGAAUGCGAAGGAUUCCGAGCUCCUAGGCAUCAGCGGUGUGUGUUUUUUAAUUCUUGCCGCGUGGCUCUUUGUGCUGUUCGUCGAGCGGGACCGACGGGACGUGAUUCCUCCAGUCAGUGGUAAACGAUUCUGAUGCAAGGUGGGGGUAGGGGAAGGCAGUGGUAAACAGGUAGUGUGAUGUUCCUAGGAUCCUUGGCGCUAGGAUUUACCGGAUACUCCUCGGAAGAGCCGGGGAUGGCUCUGGGUGGGGGGAAGUGAAAAUCAACAACAAUAAAGGAAAACUAGUGCAACAAUAAGACGGCUUGAAAUUUGAGGGUUUUCUCCCAUCGACGGUGGGCAAAGAAGUGGGCCCGCAGGCAGCAAGCGCGCAGGAGAUACAUCUCAUCCGGAAAUGUAGAACGUUGCGGAACGCUAGUAUUAAGCGUCUGAUAUGCACCACCGGCCCGAGGUGCAGAUCCGAGACGACCCACGAUCCGCCGGUGCUGAAGAUCUUCGUUCUCGUAUGGAUUCAUCGCCUCCGGUGCCGCCAAGCAAGAGACAUCUACCGCCAGUAGCGUCCGGUCAUCCUGUUAUGCGCAGAGAUUCCUCCGUAGUAUCCGUAUCUACAGUCAGCAGCAGCACAAGCAGUCGAAGUUCCGAUCUUCGUCAACCGUCGUCCUUCCAUCGUCAAUCAGCAACGUCAGCUGUUAGCUCCAGCCAUAGUUCAGGAGUGGCACACGCCAACAACAGAAGACUGAGUCCUGGUAGUGAAAGUGCGGUGAGCUCAUCCACUACUUCCGGGAGUAAUUUGCGAAACAGCUCUACGGCACUCGGGAGUGGUGUGCCAGCAUCUUCCUUUAGUCCUGCUGAGAAUUUGGAUCGAGCGGCAGCACUUUUGCGACACGGAACCACUUCCGCUUCGACGUCUUCCUUGUCGUCUGCCGGGAUUCUAGGUGGGCUUAAAGAAUCGAGCAAGUGCCCCACUCCGGGUUGCGUUGGAUUAGGACACGUUACCGGUCUUUAUUCUCAUCAUCGCAGCUUGUCUGGAUGUCCCCGACGGGACAAGGUGUCAUCUGAAUUAUUAGCACUUCACGAGACAAUUCUUAAAUGUCCAACGCCUGGCUGUAACGGACGAGGGCACGUCAGCGCUGGCCGCAACUCUCAUCGCAGUCUAUCGGGUUGUCCAAAAGCAGCCGCCAGUAAAGCAGCAGCUCGUGAACUCAAAUAUCAAAAUGGUUUGUUGUUCCGUCAAAAGCUUCAUUCUGCAGUGUUGAACUACCAACAGUUGAACGAAUACCGAUCUUCAUUGAUCAAUCAAGUACAACGUAGUCGCAGUAACUCUCCUGAAGAUAAGUCAAACCGCGUCCCCGAAGAACCACAGAAUUUGAAAACAACUGAACGAAGGAGGGAAGAAUCCCGGGAAAAAUCUCCGGAGAAUAAUUCACAAAAAUCCGGGCAGGAGACCACCCCCAUAGUCAAAACAGAAAAACCAGACUUUGACAGCGAACCAUCAAACAAAGACACCAUGCUGGACAGCAGUAGUUACGGUCGCGAGACUGACUACCGAUACGGUCAGCAACAACAAUCACAUCAGCAGUAUACGAACACUCACAUGGGCGGUUCCGCAGUCGGGUAUGACUUCGGGACCUAUCCAACUCGAGCUUACGAUUCCGGAGCAUUUGAUAGGUAUGACCCUGGAUACGGUUCCACUACCAGAUACGUACCGUAUGGUUUGAUGGAAGACUACAACUCCUCAACGGCGGUGGGGUUUCACCAGGCCUCGGGUCAGACUUCCAACCUUGGCCUAACGGAGUCGACCCAGCCAGUACUGAAGCAGGAAAUGGACGAAAACAACAGUUCCCAGACUGGCCCGAUAUGCCCUCGACCGGUGUAUCAGCAACAAUACGAGCCGAGCAACAACAACACCAACAUCAACAACAGCAGUUCCAGUACCAAUACCAACAACAACAGCAGCAACAGUAUCCCUGGUGGAACGGCAGCUCAAGCGGUGGGUCCUACUACGGUGGGAUCGGGAUUUUCGGCGAUCAAUUUGAGCGUGAAGACCGCUUCGGAUAUGGCUACGGAAACGGCUAUACAGGCCAGUAGAUCCCCGAACAGAGAACGCGAUCCAGCGAUAGAUCUGUCAACUGGGAACAUUACUUCGUCUAGAAAAAGUCCAAGAUCUUCUGAUGAUAAUAAUUUAGGAACACCAGCAGAGAGUCCGCAACGCCAAACUCUGGAUUUGAGCGUUAAUCGAUUGCCGAAUAGUACUGCGAGUCCCCACAGCAAUCAUCGGGCUUCCUCUGGAUCGCCCGUUCCGAGAUCCCCGCAAGCGGAACCAGUCGACUUCAGCGGUCCUCCACGCCCUGGUCUGGGCUUUGGCUUCAUGGCUCCACCACCGGCCAUGGGCUACAGUCGAGAGUCCACACCGGAUAGUGCUUCCUCGCACUACAUUUCCGAUGGCUAUCGAGAUCACAACGGUUACAGUCCCCACCCCGGCUACAUGGAGUAUGCAGCUAACCCGACCGGUUACCCUGGCUACGGUGCUCCGGCAGGGGCUUACCAGAGCUGUAGUCCAUACGGUGCUCCACCUCCGCCGCCUCACCAUCACCAUCUGUACUCGUCCGGGGCGGCGUACUCGACUGCUGGCGGUCACUAUUCGAUGCCACCGCCGAACCAUAUUCCGUCCCAGGAGCGACUGCUGCAGGAAGGAUUGACGGGGCUCGGCCGGGCGUUUCACGCUAGCUCCCAAGAGCUGAAAUGUCCGACCCCUGGGUGUGACGGUUCCGGCCAUGCCACUGGCAACUAUUCGUCGCACAGGAGUUUAUCCGGAUGUCCGAGGGCAACCAAGCCGAAGAAUAAACCACGGGACGGCUCGGAGGCGGAACCGUUGAGAUGUCCUAUCCCAGGUUGUGACGGAUCUGGUCAUUCGACAGGAAAAUUCCUUUCUCAUCGAAGCGCCUCAGGAUGUCCAAUUGCAAGUCGAAAUCGAUUGCGAGUAAUUGAUACCGGGGGAACACCGAUAGGGGGUAUGACCUUUGGCAAUGACUCCGGUUGCACCACACCUGGAUGUGAAGUUUCACCUGUUCAUAAGAAGAUGAAAUACGUCGAUGAAGAUCCAGAGAGGUCGUCCAAAAACUACAAUGGAAUGAACGAUCUCGUGACGUCAAAUGACACUCGGAGCAGUGAAGCCAGCAAUCACUCUAUCCGGGAUACCACGGAAAUUCCCACCAAUAACUACAUCCCCCAGGAUUCUUACCAACAACCUACCGUAGCUGCCCAACCAUCCCACCAUCAAUCCGACUCCACCGCUGCUACCGGUGAGGACCUUCUCUCGCUAGAGGCGGAAAUCUCCGAACUGCAAAGGGAGAACGCUCGCGUCGAGUCCCAGAUGCUCCGACUCAAGACCGAUAUCAACGCCAUGGAAUCGCAACUAGGUCACGCUGAUCGGCAGGAAACUGGACCUGAUGCCAACGGUAACGGAACCGUAAAUCAAUUCUACAACAAUGGCAACAUGAAACCAUCAUCUUCCGUCAACGAAGACCGAACCGAAGUUAAACUGGAGUGCAAACUAUCCAACGAGAAAGCGCACGACAACAACAAUGGAGACAUGUUCAAAAAUCAAAACGGCAGCAGCAGUAUGAUGGAACCGGAUCACCAUCACCACCAGCAAUCGUACUACGGCUAUCCGGAUCCCACAGCCGGUGGUCGAUCGCGGUACUACGAACCCAUGAAGCUGGGUACACUACCGGACUACGGUAAAACCCUGACAACGGCAUCCACUUGAAUCCAUCGGGAUUUCGAAUUGUAUACUUUGACGUAGAUUGAUAGAAGAGAUAACUAAUGAAAUCGAUGUAUAACGAGCUAAACAAUCGCAGACAAUUUUCGCCAUAUUUUUAUGAGAAUAAUUUCCUCCUUUCCAUGAAAACCUUACAAAACUCAACAACAUAUCAGUAGGAUUAUAACAGUUUCAGUUUCAGAACUCUAUCGUUAACUAUCGAUGGCCCUAUAUCUAUUUUCUCCGUGCAUAGAAAAUUCUCAGCAUAGCUAAAUAUUUGUUUUAGAAAAACUCUUCAUCAACUGUAAAAGUGCUUCUUUACGCUAACUGAACUACGAUACAAUAAAUGGAUAACUUAUUCUACUAUUUUAGUCGA